UGACAUCACCGCUGUUUUUCCCAGACAGAGGCACCAUGCACGGAGGAUGCUGGGACCAUAUUGUCCGAGGAGGAUGCACCAUCCGCCAAAUGUUCUAAUAGCAAUACACUCAUUUAAACGUGAAGCGUAUGAGGUGCGGCGUCGUUGAACGGUUUGAUAUUUCCAGCGUAUAGCGUUUAUAAAUGUGUAUCGCUGUGUGUUAAAUAGGAUUAUUUGGCAGUGCUUAUCCUGUAUAGGCAAACGUACAGUGACUGCAGACACAAAAUGGGCUGUAUGUGCAUUACUGGAGUGGAGUGAACCCGUUUUAUUUGCUUUAAUUGGGGCUUCAUUGGUUCGAGGACUGGACUGAAUCGUCUCGUCUGGUUUCAUUCAGUGGUAUUGGAUGGGAAGGGCUACGGAUGGACGUUAAAUAAAGGCUUAAAUAUUUUCGGUCGAGCUCUCCAAAACAAAUUCCACUGCACCGACUGACACCCGUUCUCUCUGUCCGCGCGCCCGGCGGGAUGCGGCUGCGCGUCGAGGAGCUCUCCAAGCUGUUGUGGUGCUGACGCGGCUCUGAGCGAAUGCGACGCGAGCAUGGCUGCGGGGAAGUUGCUGCUCUACGCCGGUCUGUCUCUGUCCCUCUGCGCGCUCGGGAUGCUGGCCGUGGCUAUCUGCUCCGACCACUGGUACGAGACGGACGCCCGGAGGUACCGAGAGCGGUGCCGAAGUUUCUCCAGCCGCCGGAAAGACCCGGGCUUUAUUUACAUCCCCAACAAUAGCCUCCCUUUGCGGGCGAGCCGCUCGCGCCUGGACCGCUGGGAGGAAAAGCUGCUGCUGGCGCGGAACAGACGGCAGCUGUUCGCCAUGAGCGCCGCCGAUGAGUGCAGCAGGCAGUAUAACUCCACCAACAUGGGGCUGUGGAGCAAAUGCCAUCGGCUUGGAUUUGAUCAAGAUAUCGAGGACCUCAUUCGAAAAGGAUCCAUUGCAAGAUGCUCCUAUAUCAAGUACCACUACUCCUCGGCCACAAUACCCAAGAAUCUCUCUUACAACAUCACCAAGACCAUUCGUCAGGAUGAGUGGCACUCUCUGCAUCUGCGGAGGAUGACGGCAGGAUUUAUGGGAAUGGCGGUGGCCAUAAUCCUCUUCGGCUGGAUCAUUGGGAUGCUGGGAUGUUGCUGGGACCGUGGCCUCAUGCAGUAUGUGGCAGGUCUGCUCUUCCUCAUGGGCGGCACAUUUUGCAUCAUUUCCUUGUGCACCUGUGUAGCAGGCAUCAACUUCGAGCUGUCCCGUUACCCUCGCUACAUAUACGGCCUCCCAGACGACAUCAGUCACGGUUACGGCUGGUCAAUGUUCUGUGCCUGGGGCGGUUUGGGCCUGUCCCUCAUCGCCGGUUUCUUCUGCACGCUGGCGCCCUCUGUACAGCCGAUCCCUCGCUCCACGUGCCCCAAAUCCCGCCAAGAAAAUGGCACCGUGUGUUAAGGGAUGGCCUCUGAAAAUCCCCAAGCCUACAUGUGCAGCUGGACAAUGGGGGACAAAACACAUAAAAAAAAAGACCAUACCUGAAGAAUAAAAUCAUGUUCAUUUAGAAUCAUUUCUAAUCUCAUCAACCAGGCAAUUUUUUAACCACGUGUGUGAAUCUACAACUGAGUGUCCUGAUCGUUUAAAAGAAAACAAAGCAAAAAUAUUGUAAAGAUAAUAUCAACGAGACAUUCCAUCAUCAAGAUCCUACACAGGAAAACCUUUCAAAGUUGUGACUUUGGUGAGCACAAGAAAAUGGUGACGAAUGAAGUGAAAAACAGACAGUAUUGCUCAUUCUGACGCUGCAAGGAUGGAUAUUGACAUGUCUGUUAAAAAAAAAACUGUCAAACCUGGAGACUAUGGUAUUUGUAUCUGGACAAGUAUGGAGGUCCAGUGCCAAUGUUUAAAGCCCAGGAGUUCGGACAAAUCAAGAGCACCAAGACCACGUGGCUUUCACAUGAGAGGACAACAACUCUGAUGCGAUUUGGAUCUGUUGUGGCUAAAUCCGCCGAUUUGUCUCGGACCCUGGAGACUAUCGAAAUGCCUCUUGGGAUGCGGCUAAAUGAUCCGCUCGUGCAUAAACGAGGAAGAUUUCAGGAAUUGGAGAUGCCUGCUUUUGACGUUAUGUUGCUAUUGCUGUACAGCAAAUUGUAAAGAGAAAAAUAAUACCUAUAAUAUUCCAGAAGAGAAAACAAACACAUCCUAACGGGAAGGACAUUUUUUGGAGCAUUUUCCAUGUUUCAUUUCUUAUUCCUGUCCACAUGGUAUCAACGGACAUUUCUAACUUGCUUUCGAUUUUAUUAUGUGCUUCUUCCUUUGUUUUUUAGUAAUUACAGUCAUCAUGAGUGUGAAUGAGUGUGUAGGAAGUGUGCAAAUUCUUUAGCUACUAUCAAUAUAGUAUCUGUGUGAGAGAGUUUUGUGGUCUCCAUAUGAAAAAAAGAAAAAAAAAGGAAACAUAAAAAGAAUAAUAAUGCAUAAAAUAAAAAAAAACCUGCCUUGGGGGAAAUCAGGUAGGCUUUUGUUGAACCAAGAAUUACUGGAAAGGAAAGAUGCCAUAUCCUGUUUUAGACAGCGAACACUUAGUCCCUGUACAUACGACUGACGCAGACAGAAAGACAACUCAACAUCACACUGUUACUGCCUUAAGCUUGUCUGGAAGGAGGCAUUUAUGCCAUUUGAAGGGAACGCAUGCUGACUUCACUUCUGAAAGCAUCUAUGGGCUAACAAAACAAAUCCUCAUUUGAAUCCAACUUCCUAUUCUGUUUAACCAUGUGUCUCUUUACUUAAAGGGAACUCCCAAAACAGGAUGUGGUAUGUAAGUGCCUCGUGAGACAGCAGCGGUGCACAAAAGAGGUACAUCUGUGGAAUCGUGACCUCGAAAUGUAGGACAGCGGCAAGCACAAGCUUAAUACAAUCUCUAAGCCGACAUGUGAUUGGUUCCCUCAAGCUGUUUUCAUAAUUUCUCUUCUCACGCAUUCAUUUCACAAUCUUAAACUUUUUAUUCUCCAUUUCACAAGCUAUAGAUGCAUUAAAAAAAAACACUUGGCAAGCCAUAAAACAGCAUGCUAUGAAGGGACACACCGGUCAAGGGUCACUGGCGAAUCAGCACACUCAUUCAUCCAUGCCAAAAACCUACACUAGGAGAUUUAGCUUUGCAGCAAGACCAUGUUUACAGAUUUCUAGAAGGGAGAAAAAAAAAUCACCUGCUUCCAAAUAUCAAUAGCAAGAGCUAUUCAGCUAUUCACACAAAGCAUCAUUGGUUGCGCUGAUUUUCAUACUUUAGUUCUUUAACAACCAUUAAUUGGUUCAUAAAGUUCAUUCAUUUUGAGAGUUUUCAUUGCAUUGGUUUAUAAAACAAGCUGCCAAGUGAAGUUUUGCAGAGCUGUGACAAACUAAAGCCAGUUCCUAAAAGCCAUUUCAAAAGGAUCCAUCCCAACAUUACUUCCAAACCCAUUUCAUGGGAUCUUUCACCAUAAACACAGCCAACAGUUCACUAGCAAAAGUCUCCUCAACUCUGCAUUGAUGAAAUAUGGGUCCAGCAGUCUUCAUGGGAAGCAUUCAGAAGAGGUUUCUGACAUAUUUAUGGGCUCUUUGCGUGAUUUGUGUGGCAGCAUUCAAGUAAAAAGACUUUGUUGCAUGCUGACAAUGCAAUUGGCCAUGAAAUUACAUAAACAUCCAGAACUCCAGAAGAUUUCUUCACACUUUCCAGAAGCAACAAAUCGACCAAACACAGCCCACAAACUCCACAGUGCUAGAUUACAAUGUGCAUGCAACAGAAAACCUGCAUAAAUACACAAUAAACAAUCUGUUUUAGGGGCAUCUUGCAACAAGCCCAUCUGGCCUUAUAUAAGAUAGUGUUCCUUGACACACUUAGGAGGAAAAUAUGUAUUUCAGUCCAUGGAUUACGCUCCUAGGUGAAGACAUAAAUGGGGUCAGUCGCUAGUUGUACACUUCUCAAAUAAAACCAGCUCCACAGUCCUAUUUGAGAAAAACAUGUAAGAAUAUUUAGAAAUGCACUUAAAUUCACUCCUCCUUCCUUCAACAAGGCAAAGAGGGGUGUUCAAUCACAGAGUAUAAAGACAUCAAAGAGCACUGAAGGGCAGAUGCUCGCAUCAGACGCCAAGAACAAACACUUUCAAUUACAGCUUAAUUGGCAACCGUCCUAGACAGAGAGUCCCAGACUGAAAGCAGGUAGUGAACUCCAUUUCAUAAGUUUUGAUGGAACAAUGGAUCAUUGUGAUGCUUAUAGUGAAAGACUUCAGUCGGUCUUAUAGAAUCAGUGGUAAUGAAUAAAAACUAACAGCCUAACUGUCACUUAGUGGCCAUUUUUAGGACUCUUCUCAAAGGAAGAUCAUGAAGCGUUGGGCAUGUAGGUAAUAUGGGCUCAGGAUCACAGAUUCCUUUACACAAUCUACACAUUAUAUUCACACAAAUGUGUUUACAUCACAGCCAACAGUUGUCAGCAUUUGUUCAGUUAUUUGUUGAGCAGGGUGGGAUGGGAAACUUGAGCGGGAAUAUUUUUGUCUUCAAAAUGUAAAAAUAAAAAUGAAAAAAGUAGCAGAAUCGAUGAAACUGCAGCUUUUUAAUGGGACACUAAAGCCUAAAAUUUUUUUCAGAUCUUUUUUCAUCAGUAAUGUGUCUGUUGAGUACCUGAAAAAAAAGAAAGAAUAAAGCUGUAAAAAAUGUUUAAGAAUAAAAAAAA